ACCGAACUACAUGCUUGGUUCUUCAAGAAUGAUUGCAUGUCAUUCAGCAGCUUCAAACUCUGAGUAUCCAAGAACUCGUAAAUUGGAGAAAAUCAUCAGACAGACUUCACUUAUAGAUUAGUCAUGGAACCGUGUGAGUUUUUCAUUUAACAAGCAGCAAAAAAGCAGCAUGACAUCCUGUUGUGACUUGUGUACUCUGAUUUUCUAAUUUCAAACAUCAUCCAUGUUCUUGGAAUAUUUUUACUGAUACAGAUUGAUCUGUCAGUGAAUUUUUUAAUUGCAGAUAUGUUAAACUGACUGAAAUCAACUCACGGAAUGAACCAAAUCGGAUGAAAUCGUCUGAGUGGGGACAGACUGGAUAUCAUACCUGAGAAAGUUAACAGUGGAAUUCAGCUGAAGUGAAAAAUACAUCUGUGGCAAAUAUAGUAUUUCAUUGUUGGCCUCAAUAAAGUUGCAUGUUUUGGAGGUUGAACAGUUUUCCAGGGCAGUUAAAGUAAAUGGCAAUGUCAGUCUUACUACACACCUGACUUGCAUUGUGGGUAGGGACCUGAGCAGAUAUAAAAAUGGUUGUCAAUCUCACAUGAUCAUCUCAGGAUUUGCAGUUCAAGGAGAUCUGAAAAUUCAAAUCAUUAUUAUGGAGUUCAGGCACUUUGAAACAGCAUUUCUCUUGCUUUCUGCACUCAUCUGUGUCCGUGGUGCUCUGGCCACCGGAAACAACAGUCUGGACCUUCAGAAUGUCGGAGCCAGUGGUGACGAUGACGUGGAUGCGAUUGUGAAGGCUUUGCUGACUCUGCAAGAGAGACUGGCUGCUACCAAGCUGGAGCUUCAAACAAAGCUAGAAGACUCGGAGAGGAAGCAGAAGGAACUACAGACCAGAAUCGACGCCACUGAUGCUCACGUGCUGGAACUGAGUAAAACAUCCCAAGCUUUAGCCAAACCACAGGUGGCAUUCACGGCCUCGAUACAAUCAUCAGGUGCACAUGGUGACACACUGGUGUAUGGAAAAGCGAUAACCAACUUUGGUCAUGCAUACAACCCACAAACAGGUCUGAACAAAAGCACUGUUUGCUACAGUUGUGGGCUGAAUAAAACCAAGGAAAGAUUUAGUGUAAUCACUAUGAUGCUUAUCAAAUGGAUAAUCACCUUCAUACCUAUGAAAGAAAUUAAUCAUGUUUAUUAUUGAAUUUUCAUAAUUAUGAUGUUAAUGGGGCACUUUCAUAUUUUACUUUCGAGUUUUCAUUGUUCAGAAACAAUUGAAAAGCGAAUACAAAUGAGAAAAUUCCUACGGACCUGCUGGAAACAGGUGGAUGUUUUUCCAGGGAUCUUCACGGCUCCCGUGAAGGGCGUCUAUGCGUUCUCUCUCCAUUUCUUGGCGAUGUCGCCCCUGACUAACCUGGGCAUUUUUAAAAAUGGCAGUGAGCUGGUAUCGACCCUGGCGUAUCUAAUCACGAGGAGCUCCUCUGUCAUUGGGGAGAGUGCCUCAAACGCAGUCACAACUGAGCUGAGGAAAGGAGACACGGUCUACGUGAGGCUGCAACGAGAAAACAAGGUUGGAAACAAUGACAAAAUCUAUUCAACAUUCAGUGGAACACUGCUGUUCACCCUGGAUUAAUCGAAAAUGCCCCAAAUUGAAUUGACAAGGCUUAUUCCAACAUUAAUCUUGCCAAUUGCACAAAUACUCAUGAAAACAAAUACUGUAUAAAUUCCCUCACUCUGCCUUCCCUGUUGUGCUUGAUAUAGCAGCCUA